AAAAAACAAAGUGUAAUAAUAUUCCCUCUCAUAAUUCAUUUGUUCAAAAUUUAAAUACAUAUCCAAACCGGAAAACUGGACAGCCGUAAACCGCUGUAUUCACUAUUCAAUCACCUCUUUCCACCGCCAUGGAAGACGCCGACGAUGAAAUUAACUUCAGAGCGUCCUCUUACGCGCCGCCUCCGCCGCCAUGGAUUUCUCUCUCACCAUUUCCUUCUCAAGUUUCCCCAUCCCCUCGCCGACUCUCAAGCAAUUUCACCCCUCCGACACAACCAGUACGGGCGGCGAAACAGCUAGCUUGGGUGUCUCUACAGGGUCGGAUCGUCGGAGCCGAAGAAGCAAGCUCAUCGAAAGCCAUUGGAGGUGGAUUGAGCCCCGAUGAAGCUAUUGCGUGGGAGCUCUUUAGUCCUAUGCAUCGGGUUCUGAUUGUCGCCAUCAUUGCAGUUGCUGCUGCCAAUUCGAAGAAGAACAAACAGAUUAUCCAACUCACUAAAUCUGUUGAAAUUAGGGAUCAGGUGCUUUUAAGCAUGCAACAAAAACUUGAGAAUUUAUGUGAGCAGGUGAAUUAUUUCAAGGAUCAGCCUGAUACUUCCUCCCAUAAUUUCAAGUUUUCAAGCUGUGGAUGUCGCCUAUGUGAUCAUCAUCAACUUCCAUCAGAAUCUAUAGAAGCAGAUUCUAACUCUAUUAUAAAAUCUGUGGAUGAUGAAGACAUGAUCAAGUGUAAGAUACCUUCUCAGAUUGAGAUGGAACCAGAAGAACGCCGUAUGUCUGAUUUGUCAGACUGGGCUCCUAGUGUCAGUUCCACACUAGAUGCUCAGUGGAAUACUUCAUCAAUCGAACAAGAUUUUUGCAACAACAGAGAGGAAUUUGAAGACAAGGAUGCGUUAAUCAAUGAGUUGUCCGCUUUUAUUCACACAACAGAAUCUUUCGGUUCGAAGAGAAUUUCAGAGCUGGAAGACAUUAUCCGCCAUAAAAACGUGAUUAUCACAAAGCUUAGGAAGGACAUGGUGGUUCUUGAACAAAAGGUAAUUCACCUCACAAGACUUAGGAGAUCUUCUACUUCUAAGUCAAAUUCAAGCUCAAAAAAGCUUCCAGCCAUGACAGACAAUCUGGUUUAUGACAUGGAUAGCACUACAAGUCCUUCAUCUUCAGAUUCAGAUUGCUCCACCAAAAAGAUAAAACCAGUUUUUUUGCUGAAAAAUGAAAAACAAGUUCCUAAUGUGAAGAAUGAAAAUGUACAAAGAGAUUGUAAUAGUUCAAGAGGAAAAGAGAAAAAUGAACGAAAAUUCUCUGAGAAAUUGAUCCAAAAGCCUCCAAGGCCAGUAAGUCCUUUAAAAGAGAAGUCUAUGAAUCAACAGAGUAAUUCGGGAUCUGGUUCUGGAGAUUUUAAGAGUAGAAAAAGUGGUACAACAAAAUCUAGAGUUUCGGGUUCUCAUAAGAGAUGGGUUUAGAAUAUAAAGUUGUUUAAGUUUAUAAAGCUAGAAAGAAAGAUUAUAAAGAGGCUUAUUAAUAAUAUGUUUAUUUAUCGUGC